CAUGAAAGACGCCAGCUUAAGACGCGUUGGCGUCUCGCACGUUUAUCGGCAAGCCGCAAACGCCACGAGUCCUUCCAAACUCGUCUUUGUUUUCUUUUUUAUCGUCACGUCGCGAGUCAGAGUGCUCCAGCUGAUUUGCCUCCACAACUUGGAAAUCCAACACUUCCUUGCCCCUAAUCGUGUAUCACUACUAUAAUUACACACUCCCCUCCACCAGGCACCAUGGCAGUCGUAGAAAGGAAGACGGUUCUCAUUACCGGUUGCAGCGCGGGGGGCAUCGGUUGGGCGUUGGCGAAGGCCUUCCAGAAGCGGGAUUUCCACGUCUUCGCGACGGCCCGCGAUACUUCCAAGGCCGAACAGGACCUUUCAAAGCUCAGCAAUGUGGAAAUUCUUCCUCUCGAUGUCACAGACCAGCAAAGCAUCAAGAAAUGUAAGGAGAUUGUCGCACAACGCACCGGGGGACGGCUUGACGUGCUCGUCAACAACGCCGGGGCCGAGUUUGUGUGCCCGCUGCUGGACGUCGACAUUGAGCGGUGCAAAGCGCUGUACGACGUCAACGUCUGGGGCCCCCUUGCCAUGGUGCAAGCCUUCUCCCCCUUGCUUAUCGAGGCGAAGGGUGUCAUUUCCAACCACACCUCCAUUGCUUGCGUUAUCCCAUUGCUGUGGUCCGGCGCGUACUCCAGUUCCAAAGCAGCCCUGUGGCGCAUGUCCGAGAUCAUGCGCCUCGAGCUGGAGCCGCUGGGCGUGCGUGUCGUGACGGCCAUGUGCGGCUCCGUCGACACACCCAUCUUCAACAGGCCCGGGGGUCAGAUGAACCUGCCCAAGACGUCUCACUAUUACGAUGUCCAGGAGACGGCAACCAAGGAGCGUACCUCGCACCAGGGCGAGUCGAUGAGCACCGAUGUGUUUUGCGAGCAGAUCAUUGGCGACAUCCUCGGGGGGGCCAAGGGGCAGGUCUGGCGGGGCACCUUUGCAGGACUGGUGCGCUUCGCAAGCACUUGGUUCCCUCAAGGUCGUAUAGACAGGAACUCCAACAAGGGAAAGGGCUUGGAGCAUGUCAAGCGCCGUUCCUAGACGCCGAAGUAAGGUAGCAAUCGAGAGGGGGGGUUUGUUAUGUCCGUGUACGAUAAUUAUCCUAUGUACCUAGCUUGUACACCACCUCCUUGGUGCUUCUCGGUAUACACACGCCUACUUUCGAAUUGUUUCACCAUGUUAGACGCU